AUCCUCUUUUACUUUACCUUUUCAUGAGGUUGGAUGUAUUAACUUGCUGAAAGUAGAAAAACUUUGAGAAGAAAUGACUGAAACUUUACAGUUGCGUGGUACACUUUUGGGUCACAAUGGUUGGGUAACGCAAAUCGCCACGAACCCUAAAGAUCCAGACACAAUUAUUUCAGCUUCUCGAGACAAGACGUUGAUCGUCUGGAAACUGACUCGAGAUGAAGACACAAACUAUGGCUUCCCGCAAAAGCGUUUAUAUGGACAUUCACACUUCGUUAGUGAUGUUGUGUUGUCUUCGGAUGGCAAUUAUGCUUUAUCUGGCUCAUGGGAUAAAACAUUGCGUUUGUGGGAUCUGGCUGCCGGAAAAACUACACGUCGUUUUGAAGAUCAUACCAAGGAUGUUUUAUCCGUAGCCUUUUCGGCUGAUAACCGCCAAAUUGUUUCGGGCUCCCGUGAUAAGACAAUCAAACUGUGGAACACUUUAGCUGAAUGUAAGUUUACCAUUCAGGAGGAUGGCCAUACUGAUUGGGUCUCAUGUGUACGUUUUUCUCCCAAUCACUCCAACCCGAUAAUUGUAUCUUGUGGUUGGGAUCGGACUGUGAAAGUAUGGAAUUUGGCCAAUUGUAAAUUGAAGAAUAAUCAUCAUGGCCAUAAUGGUUACUUAAAUACUGUCACCGUUUCCCCUGAUGGUUCGCUAUGCACUUCGGGUGGCAAAGAUGCCAAAGCUCUACUAUGGGAUUUGAAUGAUGGCAAAAAUUUGUACACUCUAGAGCACAAUGACAUCAUUAACGCCCUUUGCUUUUCGCCAAACCGUUAUUGGCUAUGCGUAGCCUACGGACCCUCAAUAAAAAUUUGGGAUUUGGCUUGCAAAAAAACUGUCGAAGAAUUGCGCCCCGAUAUCGUGUCUAAUGGUUCGAAGGCCGACCAACCGCAAUGCUUGUCUCUGGCGUGGUCAACUGAUGGCCAAACUUUAUUUGCCGGCUAUUCGGAUAACACUAUCCGUGUAUGGCAAGUCUCUGUUUCUGCUCAUUAAUUCUGCGGAGGCAGAAAUGAAAGAGAAAAUAUUUUUUCAUUUCUAUCUUAAUGUAAAACACAAAUGAGUAAAGUAGUUUGUUUAUUAUAUAAACAAAUAAAUAGCAAGAAAAAUGUAAA